UCAAGGCUCAAAUUUUAGGUUUUGCUGUGCUUGGACAUGGAGUUGCCAGACGUGGAUGACAAAAAGGCGGGAAAUCUGUACUCAAAGACUGACCUUCUGAAGGCUGCAUCCGAGUUCUUCAACGAUGCGCUUCCCCGCAUGGGCUUCCAGGAGGAUCAUUUCUGGACAAACAUUCGCAUAAUCCUUUGCAUGAUUUGCUGCUCAUUUGGGUGCUACGCACAAUUCGUCCUGAAGUUUCCAAAGGAUCGGAUAUACAUUGGUGUUUGCGUGGCCGGCUACUUCCUUUUCUCUGGCCUAGUUGCCUUCAUUGACAUGUUUGUAAUCAAGACGUCCGUCAUUUGCAUAAAAGUAUCUGGGCAGACUGUCUUCGUUGAUGUGACAAUGCUGCCGUUCUCACAGGACAUGGAGAUUGGCCUUAGGAAUCGGAUUGGUCCGAAGCGGAAAGCAGAAGUAUCAUACAAGACUUCUGUUGGUCAUUACUUCGACAGUGACGGCUACCUUGGUCAAGAAGAGAUUCUUGCUGAGUUUAUGAAGCUCGUCAAAAAGUUCGAAAAAGAACACAGCAAAGAGGCCACUGAAAAGAAGAAAGAGAAGUGAAGGAAUCUGAGACAAGGAUCCUCUCGAACAAGCAGCAGAGAGCGAAUGCGCGUGCGAGAGAGAAGCAGCACCUGCACAAGUGUCCAAAAUUCGGACAAUUAUGUAGAGAAUGUAGGAGCUUUGUGAAUAGACUUGCUAUUUGCAUGUCGGGGCUCAAAGACCGGGGCCUGCAGUUUGAGGCCUUGCAGGCCCUUCUUGGUUUCCUUCGCGUGGGGGAAAA